AUAAUGUACGAUAAUAGUGGCUUUAUAUUAAAUUAUCGCGAGAUCGUCUCAGUAAGAAUUCGUGCUUGAACGGCUAACAACAACGAUGUCGGUGUGUCGACUGUCUGUCGUCUUAUUCCUAUGUUUUGGAUUGAUGGUUUUACCCAUUUACGGUGAAGUACCAUUGGACAAUAUCGUAUUUCCCGAAACACUGAGUUCACGAUAUCAACAUUCAUCGUGGAACUUUAAUAAUGAACGACAGCCACCCAGAAGAACUGUAAGACAAGGAAAUCGUCGUCCAAGACCACCGAUGCCUAACGAGGGAGAUCCAUUUGCAGGACUCGAACCCCAAAAUAAUAACCGACCAUUUAAUGGAAACCAAGGCCAAKGGUCAAAUCAAAGACCUAACCAACAACAGGUCACUGGUAAUAGACCACCUAGUAAUCAAAACCAAUGGGGUACUAAUGGUAAUAAUCAGGGUCAAAACGAAUGGGGUUUCAACGGUAAUAAUCAAGGACAAAACCAAGGAGUUACCAACGGUAAUAACCAGGGACAAAAUCAAUGGGGUACCAACGGUAAUAACCAAGGACAAAACCAAUGGAGUACUAACGGUAAUAACCAAGGACAAAACCAAUGGGGUACUAACGGUAAUAACCAAGGACAAAACCAAUGGGGUACUAACGGUAAUAAYCAAGGACAAAACCAAGGGGUUACCAACRGUAAUAAUCAGGGACAAAACCAAUGGGGUACUAACGGUAAUAACCAGGRACAAAACCAAUGGGGUACUAACGGCAAUAACCAAGGACAAAACCAAGGGGUCGCCAACGGUAAUAACCAGGGACAAAAUAAUCAAGGUAACAGACCAACUACACAAUCGACUAACAAUCAAAAUCUUGAGCAAACYAGCACGACAUCAUCGAACAGUGAAGAGGUAAAUGAAGCUCAACGCAACACAUGCAAUACGAUUUGUAGAGAAAAGAUUACAAACGAAUACAAUCCGGUCUGUGGAAGUGAUUCUCAAACAUACCAAAAUAGAAGAUUCUUGGAUUGUGUCGCCAACUGUGGUAUACCCACCGAAUUCAGCUACAUCGGUACUUGUGUUACGACGACACAACGAAGUACUCUUGCAUGAUGGAAUUUCAAAAGUUCCCUAUUACUUUUGAUAGGUAAUUGAUUUUUACAUAGAUAAAUAUUUUUCACCAUAAAUUACACAUCAACAAUUAUAAUUGUAUUUAAAUAUUAUAUUGUAGUUUAAAAUAAUUUGUGUACAGUUUCAUAAAACGAUAACUACUGUAUGAUUAUAGUCAAUAAAAUAUUGCGUACAUAAUA